AAGCCGGGGAGGACUGAGCGUGAGGUCUACCUGCAGGAAGUUGGCAACGGAAACCGGGAUAGCGGUAGAGAAGAGGUACCUCAGGCCCGAUGGAGACUGUGGAAGCAAGUGGCAGCGAUGGGAAAGGGCGAGGGGUCGAGACCUCCGUCACGUAUUACCGAUUGGAGGAGGUGGCGAAACGCAACUCCCCGAAGGAGAUUUGGCUGGUGAUCCACGGGCGAGUCUACGAUGUCACCCGCUUCCUUAACGAGCAUCCUGGCGGAGAAGAGGUUCUGCUGGAACAAGCUGGUGGAGAUGCAACUGAAAGUUUUGAAGAUGUAGGCCACUCCUCUGAUGCCAGAGAAAUGCUCAAACAGUACUAUAUUGGUGAUGUGCAUCCGAAUGACCUUAAACCUAGAAGUGAUGGCAAGGACCCUCCGAAAAAUAAUACGUGCAAAAGCUACUGGUCGUAUUGGAUCUUCCCCAUCGUAGGUGCUAUUCUCUUAGGUUUUCUGUAUCGUUACUACAUGGCGGAGAGCAAGUCCUCCUGAGGAGACCUUGUUGAAGUCUGGAAAGCACAUCUACUUGGGAGUGAGAACUGGACACUUGUUUGGAGGCUGCAGCGGUGCCCUCUUCUCGAAUCCUGCCAAUUGUAUUCUUCUCCCUCGGACCCCAGACUGUUGGCCAGACAUCCGCCUCAGCCCUGGGGCCAGUGUCCAAGUCAUUUCUCAGAGCCUUACUCUCAAAGCACCUGCUCAUUGUGUCCCUGCCUUUGUUUCCUCUCUUUACUCUUUUCCACGAGCACCUUUAUGUUUCAGAACUUUCUUUUAUAUGUAUAGUCUACGGAUUCUAGUGACAUUGCCCUUUGGUAAAAUUGCCUGCUUCCCAAUACUUUGAAUGCACAUUAGACAUACUUAACAGGGCAUCACACUCUGGUUUUGAAGCUUUUCUUUUUCCCUUUUUCUUCUAAGUAAAUAUUAUUUUAAAAAUUAUGACUUAAUUAUCAUAAGAGGUUUAAUUCAUGAAGUCAGGUUGCACACCUGCGACUUAAAACACAACUGCAGAAUGAUCUUGUUCCUUGUUUUUAUUUGUUAAAACUGAGUGUAGCAGGGAGCCCUUGCCACCUCCUAAGGCCACCAAAUGGUGCUGGGCAGAACUCUGCUUCCCAUUUGUUUAUGGGGAGUGGAGAGAAACAGGGAGAGGAAGAGAUGAAUUGGGGUGAUAGAGUGAAUUCACAGUAAUCUUUCUUUUGAAAAAAUUGAAAAACACUACUUUUAGGACAGGAGUUUAGAAAAAGCACCAAAAACUUUAUCCUUUACUUUGGCACCAGUUCCUAGCCAUCUUUUUUCUUUUCUUUUUUUUUUUUAAACCCCUUACCAUCUUGUAUUGGUAAAAUAUAAAUUUAUAAGUAUGUGUUUAGAGCUUUACAGUUUUGUUGAAGGAUUUUGCUCUCUUUUUGUUUAUCAACUGGCAAUUUUUUAUUCCCCUUUUUACAGAAGAGACUCCAAAUUGAUCAAAGGUACAGUAUUUAAUCUUCUGUUUGCCCCAGUAAAAUAACUCCCGUGGUAAAGCGGCAUUCAGAGGGGGUAGAUCGGGACAAGAGAAUGUUUUCCAUUUCAUGUGUAUUUUACCUCCAUGGCUCCAAUUUGUAGUUUUGUUGUUUUUUCCAUUGAGAAUAAAAAACUGGUAGUUUUUUUUUUUUUUCUC